GAGAAACAAGAAGGUGCCAGAGAUAUCUGAUUGGUUGUGUGCUGUGUCUCCCCUUGGUAGCGUCCUCUGGGACUGAUGUGAAAAAGACAGAAACACACUUGAGGGUGUGUAGCUUCAAAGGUGCUGCAUUCCAGGAAGGAGAGGGAGGACUAAGGUUAUCAGCUUCUCACUUUUUCUAGUUCCUGGAGAACCAGGCCUUUCUGACCUUAGUUUCCCCCAGACCAAAGCUCUCACUGCACAAUGGCCUUUGCAGCCUCUUUGGCUGACCUCCAAGCAGAGGCCUGCUGCCCCAUCUGUCUGGAUUACCUGAAAGAUCCAGUGACCAUUGACUGUGGCCACAACUUCUGUCACCUCUGCAUCCACCAGAGCUGGGAAGGUUUACAGGACAUCUUCCCCUGUCCUGUCUGCCUCCACCACUGCUGUAAUGGGAAUCGAAAGCAGAACACCCAGUUAUGUAACAGGACUGAUAUUGUUAAGCAAAUUCCCAUCAUGAGGAGCAAGAGGAAAUGGCAAGAAGAGAAACCCCUGUGUGAGAAGCACAACCAGGAGCUGUCCCUUUUCUGUGAGAAGGACCUGGAGCUACUGUGUCCCCAGUGCAAGGUCUCCAAGAACCAGAAUCACCACUUCAUGCCCAUCGACCAAGCUGCAACUAGUCACAGGAGGAAGCUCAAAUACUACAUUGAGCUCCUUAAGAAGCAAGUUGGAAAUGCUGGAAUGGAGUUAGAAACCCAAGUUUCAAAAUCGUUUGAAUUGAGGAUGAAGGUCGAAAGUCAGGUGGGAGAACUAUACUCUGAUUUUGAACAAGUUAGGGACGUUUUGGGAAAAGAGAAGGAUUUAAUUCUUUUCACAUUACAGGUUGAAGAGAAGGAUGUUCAAAAAAAAUUAAGUGAAAACAAAGCGAUGUUCUCAGAGCAUAUUUCAACACUAAGAAAUCUGCUGGUUGAAAUAGCAGAAAAGUGUGUGCAGUCAGAACUGGAAUUACUCACAGGUAUUGAAAGUAUUUACAACAAGUAUGAAAACCUGAGCACUCCAGCAGUCUUUUCGUAUGAAUGAAAGAAAAAGUGCAUCAGUCCUCCUGAGCAAUAUUUUAACCUACAGAAAAAGAUUAACUUAUUUAAGGUAAAGUUGACACUAGAGAUUGACACUGCACACC